UUUAGCAACUUUUUUACAAUCAUUUUGACAGUCCAGUCUGUUGUAGACAAAUCGCUUUUUAAUGAGAACUUUUCAAUGAGGAGUGUGAUCAGACCAAUAUUUCUGCAUGAAGCAGAGAUCAUAACCAUCUGAAGAUGACACCAGCAGCAUUUUUUCUACAUGUAAUUUUUCUUGGGAUUGGACUCCAAUGUGUCCAGAUGAGAUUAUACACAAACCGUUGGGCGGUUAAAAUAACUGGAGGUCCUAAUGCUGCUGAUCUUAUUGCAGACAAAUACGGAUUUGUGAAUAUGGGCCAGAUAGGUAGGCUAGUGGACCAUUACCAGUUCCAGCACAGAGAAACCAUCAAAAGGUCCACUAUUAAAAGCAGAGGGAACCACAGUCUCAUCACCAUGGAGACCAAGGUGGAGUGGAUCCAGCAACAGAUGGUUCAGAAGAGAGUAAAAAGAACUGACACAAUAGACCAUACCCAAACCAUCACCUUCAAUGAUGCCAAGUGGGACAACAUGUGGUAUAUUCACUGUGAUCACAACUGCUUGACUGACAUGAACAUCCAGGCCGCCUGGCGCAGGGGCUACACUGGGAAAGGGGUUGUGGUCUCCAUACUGGAUGAUGGUAUAGAAAGACAGCAUCCAGAUCUUAAACAAAACUAUGAUCCACGGGCCAGCUAUGAUGUUAACGGGAAUGAUCCUGAUCCAACACCACGUUAUGAUGCCACCAAUGAAAACAAACAUGGAACAAGAUGUGCUGGUGUGGUGGCUGCCUCUGCUAACAAUUCUCUCUGCAUUGUCGGAGUUGCCUACAAUGCAAAAAUUGGUGGUGUGCGUAUGUUGGAUGGCGAUAUGACUGAUAUGGUGGAAGCCCAGUCACUGAGUCUGAGGCAGCAGUAUAUUGAUAUCUACAGCUCCAGCUGGGGUCCAGAUGAUGAUGGCAGAACAGUAGAUGGCCCCGGCCCUCUCGCCAGGCUCGCUCUGGAGAGUGGCAUACGCAAAGGCAGAAAGGGCCGUGGCUCCAUUUUUGUGUGGGCAUCAGGAAAUGGUGGGCAGAAUCAAGACCACUGCUCAUGUGACGGUUACACCAAUAGUAUUUACACCAUCUCAGUAGGCAGCACCACUCAGAAUGGACAAAAGCCGUGGUACCUGGAGGAGUGCUCCUCUACUCUGUCCACCACCUACAGUAGUGGAGACAGCCACAGCCUGGGCGUUGUGACAACCGAUCUGAGGCAGCGUUGCACUGAUGAGCACUCUGGCACUUCAGCAUCAGCCCCCAUGGCUGCAGGAAUCAUCGCCCUCACGUUGGAGGCAAAUCCAGCUCUGACCUGGAGGGAUGUUCAGCACAUCAUAGUGAAAACUUCACGUCGUGGUCACCUGAGCGCCUCAGACUGGCAGAGUAAUGGAGCUGGAUAUGAUGUUAGUCACCUUUAUGGGUUUGGCUUGAUGGAUGCUGAAGCCAUGGUGAAGGAAGCGGAGACCUGGAAGCAGGUGCCCCCUCAACACAUAUGUGAGCAAAACAUAGUCCAGAAUGGAAGGAUCCUAAGUCCAGAGAGGGUGUUGAGGUCAGUGUUCAAGUCCUCAGGCUGCUCUUCUCAACGUCUGCAGAGGGUAGUUUAUCUGGAGCACGUUAUUGUACGUGUCACAAUCACACAUCCUCACCGGGGAGAACUGUCAAUCACACUGACAUCACCCUCUGGAACCAGAUCUCAGCUUCUUUCUAACAGACCAAAUGACCACUCCAGUGAGGGCUUCCUUAAGUGGGAAUUCAUGACGACUCACUGCUGGGGCGAAAAACCAGCAGGAGACUGGAUCCUGGACAUCAGAGACACCCCAUCUCCGCGCAGAAACAGCCGACUCCAAGGGAAACUGGUAGAAUGGUCCCUGGUGCUUUAUGGAACAUCCACACACCCAUACAUAAGACAUGAACAGCCCCGCUCUGCCCAGCUGCCUUCUCAAGAUGACACCACAGAGGAGUAUAAUGCACAGAUCCAGCCCUAG